AAGCACAUGAAAUGAAAUGGAAAGGCAACUUUGCAUUGGACAGAGUGACAGCAGGAAAUCCAGUUUUAGGUGCUCAUAAUGCCUCCACAGUCGGGCAGUAGCUUGCUAAAGCCAGAACCUAGUCCAGGUAUCUCACGGCUUUUCACCUGGGAAGAGAUAGGGCUCCACUCAGGUCAGAAAAACUCCAAGCAAGACAAAUGGCUGGUCAUCAACAGAAAAGUCUAUGAUAUCAGCCAAUUCCACUGGCAGCACCCUGGGGGCACUCGUGUCAUCAGCCACUAUGCAGGACAGGAUGCUACGGAUGCCUUCGCAGCUUUCCACAAGGAUGAAGACCUUGUAAAGAAAUACUUGAAGGCACUGUUAAUUGGGGAAUUGGCACCUGAUCAACCCAGCUGUGAGCCCAACAAAAAUGAAAUGCUAGUAAAUGAUUUCCGUGAGCUACACAGGAUCGUGAAGAGGAUGGGACUCCUGAAGCCCAAUUAUUAUUUCUUCAUGUUGAUAUUUCUUCAUACCAUAUUGCUUGAUGUUGCAUCCUGGCUCACUAUCUGGUAUUUUGGAAAAUCCUGGAUACCCUUCCUUGUUGGUGUAGCACUAUUCACUGUAUGCCAGGUUCAAUAUGGAUUUUUCCAGCAUGAUCUUGGACACAUUUCAGUCUUUCAGAAGCCCAAGUGGAAUAGAGUGUUUCAUUUCAUUGUGGUAGGAGUACUUAAGGGUGGGCCACCAAGUCAAUGGAACUUUAUGCAUAACCAGCAUCAUGCCAAACCCAACUGCUUCCGUAAAGACCCUGAUCUCAACAUGCAUCCUCUCCUGUUCACCUUGGGGAAGCCACUUUCUGUGGAGCUUGGCAGAAAGAAGAAGAAAUACAUGCCUUACCAGUAUCAACAUUCAUACUUUUCCUUCUUAGCUCCGUUGACUUUCAUGCUUUUUGUCCAGGGGGCUAUAAUCCGUUACACAGUUCAGAGGAAAAAGUGGGUGGAGCUUGCUUGCAUUGUGAUCUACAAUAUCCGUAUCUGUCUCAUGUAUGUUCCUUUAAUGGGAUUUAAGAGCUUCAUGGCAUUCUACUGGCUGUCCAGGUUCCUAGAAAGCAAUUGGUUUCUCUGGGUCUCACAAAUGAACCACAUUCCAAUGAACAUUGAUUAUGACAAGAAUCUAGAUUGGGUCUCUGCCCAGCUUGCGGCAACGUGCAAUGUGGAUCAAUCCCUGUUCAAUGAUUGGUAUACGGGACACUUAAACUUCCAGAUCGAACAUCACCUUUUCCCAACAAUGCCUCGACACAAUUAUUGGAAGGUGGCUCCUCUGGUGCAAUCCCUCUGCGCCAAACAUGGCGUUCAGUACCAUUGCAAGCCCCUGCUCACUGCCUUUGCAGAUAUACUGCGCUCUCUGAAAGAAUCAUCAGAACACUGGGAGGAUGCCUAUCUUCAUGGCUAAGCAGGGCCUCAGGAAGAAAUCUCUAACAUCACAGCACAAACAGAUUUGGUGGGACAGGAUGGUCUUAACUAUACCACUGCACCAACAUUAUGAGCACCAUCAAGUUUUGUAAUUUAUUGAUUUUAUUGAAUAUUAUUGUUUUAAUGUUUUAUAUCUUGUUGUUUUAUUGGUUGUUAGCCACCCAGAGCCCAUAUGGGGAGGGUGGGAUAUAAAUCAAUCAAACAAACAAAUAAAUAUACAGUUAUGGAAUAGGUCAAAGCGAAGGAUAGUGUAGAAUCCCCCUUUUGCACAGGCAUCUUGAUUUGCUAGUCUCUUAAGCUUCAUGCAUGUAGGCCAGGAGUUGGGCUUCUCCUAAGACAGAGAAGGAAAUUUAGGACUGAAAAGUAUAGCUUUCCAUCUGUCUCUUUCAGUUUAUUGGGGAAUAAAAGCAAAGCAGCUUCACUUUUGUUUUAAGGUCCUACCAUGUUCUGAACUGCAGGAUCAGUGGAUCUAGAAGUAGGAAAGAAAACAGAGUGCAAAUUGCUUUGUUUUUAGUUUACUUCUGCCAAUAAAGGCAGUUAACGUAGAGUGCAAGCAUAAGAAAAGCAAGUAAGAAAAGCCUGAGAUAUUGUGCAGCUUCUUAGGUCGUCUAGUCUGCAAGAUACACUCACCAUAGAGAGUUCUCUGAAUUCGUGUGACUUUUAUUUAUAUAAAUAAUGUGUAUUAGGUGUGUUAGCUUGUCCCCUCAGAAAUCCACCUCAAGAAUUUCAUAAUGAUUUCAUAAUUAGAAUGUUUGCAUUAGGCCAUAGAGAACAAGGAGUUUAGUAUUUGUUGACCAUGGAGGAAUGUCUUCAGUAGAACAGCUGUAUUCGAGUCCAGUAACACCUUAAGAGACCAACAAGCUUUUGGGAGGGGGGAAUAUAGCCUUUCAAGAUUCAAAGCUCCCUUUGCCAAGUUUCAAGUUAUCUGACAAAGCGAGUUUUGACUCCCAAAAGCUUAUACUCCAAAAUCUUGCUGGUCUGUAAGAUGCUACCGGACUUGAAUAUAAAAGAAUGGAGACUAUCCAGCCAUUUGUGGGUCUCUAAUUUUCAAUAUAAAGGCUUUUACAACUUGCUAGUUAACAAUGACUUGUGGGACACGAAAUUUUCAGAGCUCCAAGAGAAUGGAAGAGGGGAAACACAUUUUAGUUUUAUAAGUGUUUUUAAAAAUCCUUUACAACAUGCUAUGAAUAUUACAGCUUGCAGCAAUCAACAAUCACUGCUACUACUCUUGCCAAAGAUUAUGUCAUCCGCCAGGACCAUGUUCAGCUGUAUCCUGUAUCAGGCCCUAUUUUUCUUGUUGUUUCAAUUCCCUUUGACUACUUUAUUUAGACCUGUCAUGAUACCACAAGCUUCAGGCUGCUCUGUCUACUGAUAUUAAAUCAGCUUAUUUCAAGGGUC